GUGCUUGAUCGACGUGUGGACAAUGACACUGCCUUUAGUGUCCAUUCGGGACUCGUUAUAGUCAACAUGUGCCAAACUAGUGUAAUUGUGACAGCAAUUUUGAUUUUAGUCAUCAGCCUACCUUGCAGGAGGGCAUCCCAAACUUUCGGUGGCCCGCGGCCUCGGACAAACCAUCCUCGGCCAACAACAAACGCCGAUUAUACCUUAGCCAGCCCGCUGCUACUUCACCUCGACGAUGUCGGGACCUAUUCCCUCUCCAACGCGGAAUCAACGGAAGAGCAACAAGGGUAUACGUACAACAGUUACUACGCGCCCUCGACGGUGAACUUCCACGACAUCUACAGCAACAGCCUCGCUAUGCUGGCUGAAGAACCAGUCCUCACAACACAAAAAGACGAAGACUCCUUCCAUCUGAACAAUAUACCGACACAGUUCGUCGAGUUCCAUCCCCACACACAAACGGUCCCGACCGUCACAGAACCACCGCCAAGGUUCCUGAAAAGUUCCAUGUUGAAAAAUGAUACCGAUGCCAAUGCCACAACAACUACCACAUCAACAACGACUGAGGAGCCGGAAGAAAUAUCUAUACGAGUCAUUCCAAUACGAAAAGAUUAUCAAAGAGGAGUCUUGGAUUUACUCUUCCCGGCGGCGAGAGUAAAAACCUUUAAGUCAGUAUUCGAUACUUUCAGACGUCUGUUAUCCCAUACAUUCUGAUACUCUUCCAUCCUUUUUGUAUUUGUUGGUUAAGCUUUGGUUGUAAUUGGUUAAAUAAAAUGCACAUAUGUUUUGGUUGACUUUAUUACCUGUAAAAUGUUUUUUUAAUCUUCCUUUGCAGGAAAAUCUGGGGCUCAAGCGGAGCAGAUAUCCCUUCAUAAAGCCAUUAGGUUUAAUGUUACUUGAGCGUUAUGUGGUAUUAGCAAGUGUUAGUGAAGUGGUUGCAAAAAGGACAAUAACAUGCUCUCGAAGUCCCGACUGAAUGUAGUUUGUGAAAUGUCGGGCAGUACUAGUGGUCCAUUGGAACCAUUUUGUACAUGAAUUCGAUUCGACUUGAAUAAUUUUAGGUAACAAUGUCAAUGGAAUAUAUAUGUUGUAGUUAUAUUUCUUAUUCAUCCAAAUAACAAAAGUUAUAGUUAAAAAUAUAUACAAUUGUGAACGAAAUUCUUUUUCUCGCUUCUAUUCCGGCAAUUUUGUUAGGAGCAGCUAUUAUCAUUUGUUUCUGUAUAUUAAAUGCAGUGUUUUUGUAAUAUAACUGAGUUACAAUAAAGCGGGAUAUUUUAUUAUAUUAGAUCAAAAACCUCUUGUGUAACCUUACAAAGAAAUGAAGAAACAAAAA